AUGGAUGACAACAGCGAUGAAAGCUCUGACGAAGAAGAGGAGGAUCCUCUGUGCCCUACGAUCCGGCUGACAAAGGAGGAGGUGGAGGCCAUCCGAGCUCCAUGGAGGCUGUCGCUCAUCGUCAAGGUUAUGGGGCGGAAGGUAGGCUAUGCUUAUUUACUGAGGCGUUUGACAGCCAUGUGGAAGCCAAAAGGGCGGAUGGAUUUGAUUGCGAUCGAUAAUGAUUACUUCCUGGUGCGUUUUGGAUCCAUGGAGGACCUGGAGUUUGCCAUGUUCGAAGGGCCGUGGAUGGUGAUGGAUCACUAUCUCAUCGUCAAACCAUGGGAGCUGGAUUUUGAUCCGUUUUCGGAUACGACGGAAAAGGUGCUUGUUUGGGUGAGGAUACCAUGUCUUCCUGCCGAGUACUAUAACAUGAUUUUCCUGCGUAAACUGGGAAAUAAGCUAGGAAGAACCAUCAGGAUCGAUCAAGCAACUAGCAUGGUGUCGCGGGGAAUGUUCGCGAGAAUCUGUAUCGAGGUUGACAUCACGAAGCGUCUGAUCUCGAAGUUUAAAUAUAAGAACCGUGUCAGGCAUGUGUCGUAUGAAGGAAUCCACAUGGUUUGCUUCACUUGCGGUGUCUAUGGCCACACACCAGACAAAUGCCCGUCGAUCCCUAAAGCUGCGGAGGGUGACCCUGCGGUGGUGGAUAAGGAGCAGGCAACAGCAGCGCUUAAGCAAACAGAAGGAAACCAGAGACCGGUCGUGGGGGAUGCACCUUUUGGACAGUGGAUGAUUGCGCCGGGAAGGGGUACGCGUGCAGGGCUCAGAGGAUCAGGGAAGAAUCGAAGGAUGGAGGGUGGACGCGGUCAGGGGGGAGCUUUGAACGGAAUGGGGGCUGCUCAGGCAUCUCGAUUCGCCCCCUUGUCCAUGCAGGAGGAAGGGGAUGACGUACAGCGAGAGGCGGUGGGGGAUAAUGGGGAGAAGCAGCAUGGUUUAGUAGCAGAAUAUGAGAGCGGUGAUGUGGGUCGGGGCCGGAGCACGGAUAGGCCAGUACGGUCCGAGGGUGAUCAUCUCCCCAAGACCAGGCGAGGUGGUGGGAUAGGUUUGAGACGCGCGGCGGAGGAAAAUGAGCACGUAGUCGUCAGGGGUGAACAGGGCGGCCUGGUGAUAAGCUCGCGUGUGUUUAUUCCGAACACAGCGGGGGACUUACCAUCAUCGGUCUGGCAAGCUACGAAGGAACACCACAGCGAUCCGCCAGGCCGUUUUGAUGACGAAGGGGACGUGGUUAUGGACCUGGAGGGGUUCUCGAUGCAUCACGAGGAAACGCGGGCCGCGAGUGCCCGCUGA